GUGUGUGCGGCCAUACAAUAUUUCCAUCUUUAAUUUAUUCGUGGCUGCUUUUGUCUCUCCUGAGGUCUGCCGGAUGCUACGAAUACUGUUUCGACACAGAUAUUCCUCCCAUCGUCACCAGCAAGAAACGCACAGCGACGCCACCGUAAUCGAAACUUGUAGCUCAACCACUAGCAUCCAAGACGAUGGAGAAGCCCGCCAACUGCGCUUACGUAUCCACUGCGACGCCAGAGAAAAGCGACCAUACAGACAUAUCUUCCGAAGAGAAUGGGAACACACGGGAGUUGGUGGAGGACGGUGACAAGCGGGAGUACCUUACCGGCGUCCGACUCUGGCUGGUGCUUGCCUCUGUCACUCUUGUCGCCUUCGUUAUGCUGCUCGAUAUGUCCAUCAUCGUGACGGCGAUUCCUCAAAUCACCAACGACUUCCACUCUCUUGACGACGUGGGGUGGUAUGGCAGCGCGUUUCUCCUGGCUAACUGCGCCUUUCAACCUCUAGCAGGCCGAUUAUACACACUAAUAAGUUCCAAGUCUACUUUUCUCGUCUUCCUCCUCGUCUUCGAGGUCGGAUCCGUCGUGUGUGGCUCCGCCCAGUCAUCCAAGGCCUUGAUACUGGGACGAGCUGUGGCUGGCCUUGGAGGUUCUGGCAUCAUGAAUGGUGCCCUAACCAUCAUCUCUGCCAGUUCCCCCUUGGAAAAGCAACCGCUCAUGGUAGGGAUCAUGAUGGGAUUGAGCCAGAUGGGCAUCGUAUGUGGACCGCUCUUUGGAGGCGCUUUCACACAACGUGUAAGUUGGCGAUGGUGCUUCUACAUCAACAUUCCCAUUGGUGCUAUUGCAGCCAUUCUCCUCCUCGCCAUUUAUAUCCCCGACCAUCGUUCCCCCGAGGCCACGUCCAGUCAAACGAGCAUUAAAACGAUAUUUUCCAAACUCGACCUGACUGGCUUCGUCUUCUUCGCAGGUUUCGCCAUCAUGAUCGAGCUAGCACUCUCGCGGGGAGCAUCCGACUACGCCUGGAACAGCCCCACCGUGAUCGGCCUAUUUUGCGGUGGUGGCAUUUCCUUGAUCGUGUUUAUGGCCUGGGAGCACCGUGUUGGUGACGGCGCCAUGAUCCCAGCUUCUGUUGUUCGCAGGCGCGAAGUCUGGAGCGCUUCCCUGUACCUUGGCUUCUUCUCCGGAGCAUUACUCUGCUUCUCGUACUACAUGCCCAUCUACUUCCAAGCUGUCAAGGGAGCACCUGCCCUGAUGAGUGGAGUGUAUAUGCUCUCCGGCAUUCUGCCUCAGCUUUUUAUGGCAAUCAUGUCCGGCGUACUGAUUGGAAAAACGGGCUACUAUCUACCGUGGGCAUUAGCCAGUGCUGUGGUUAUGCUUGUUGGUGCCGGCUUAAUGACAACCAUAACGGUGAAAGCGACGGUGGCCCAGUGGGUCAUGUAUCAGUUUGUCGCCGGAUUGGGUCGAGGCUGUGGCAUGCAAACACCUGUCAUUGCGAUUCAGAACACGCUCACAGUUGAGCAAGUCCCACUUGGAAUAUCACUGGUCAUCUUCAUACAGACCUUUGGUGGGUCACUCGCGCUGACAAUUGCGCAACUCGUUUUCGAUAGGUGCCUAGAGGCAGCUAUUCCCAAGUAUGCCCCUACAGCAAAUGUGAGCGCAAUAGUCCACGCUGGCGCGACUGCGUUUCCCUCAGUUGUCACACCUGCAGAGCUCCCUGGUGUUUUGAGUGCAUACGCCUAUGCCGUGGACAAGGUUUUCUACGUUGCGCUAGGGGCUUCGGCAUCGACCUUCCUCUUCGCCUGGGGCAUGGGUUGGCGUAGGAUUCAGCAAAAGAAGGUCAAUGAUUCAGGAACCUCAGACUAAACCACAUCCAAGUACAUUGCCCGUGGAAGACUGACAGGGGUCAAUAGAUAGGUGAAAAUAUCAAGGCAAGGUUGGUAGAUUCCUCCAAAAAAAAAAUUGCCAUAGGGAGGAGGGUAGGGUGGUGAAUGGUCGGCAUUGCCCUCUGCCCCCAUUCGGUAUUAAAUAUCUAAUUACUCUAUAUACACUCGUAGGACUCAAGCUUCUAAAAGACAUCUUAUACUUGGGAAACGACAGAAUCCUCGUUGCCCGGCGAUUGUUAUACAGCCAUGUUCAGUGAUUUUUCCUGCUAAGUUCUGCUCGUUUGUG